CUGCGUAGAGGACCGGGCGGACUUCUCCGUAUCACCUUCCUAUUUGGCCCCGGACGAUGUCUUCAACGCCCGCUGCAAAGGCAGGGGGGGACCAGCCGGAUGGCACCGGCAAGGUGCGGAUGUUGGACAUGCUGACUACGGGUUUGGCCCCGAGCGGCGUGGACAAGAUGGCCGAG